CUGUUUUUCAUUCCAUUUCCCACAGUUAAUAGUUGCCUCUCAAUAUUAACUGUUUCCUUUCCCAGCAUUUUCCCUACAUUUUCUCCUUCAUUAAAGCUGAAGCAUCGUCUGACCUUGAGAUGGUGUAUCAAGGAGAUAGCUCAAAGUUGUUUUAUAUAUAGAACGUGCCAUGAGUGUGAACGAGGAUCCUUCGGUUUCUGAAAAGAAUAAAAUGGAAGUGCCUGAAAGACAUAAGCAUGUUCCGAGUAGAGAUGUCUUGCCUGGGAGCGAUCAUUGGGCAGAUGGGCUGAUUUGUGCUUUUGAGUUUGUUCGAGGCAAUAAGAAACCGAGGAACUCAAGAUAUGGUUAUAAGGUCCAAGGCAAACAAUCGGAUGAUGAAUAUGUGAAAGAACAAUUGGCAGCCAAUAAACCAAAUGAGGCUUCUUCUGAAGGAUUGGAUGGACAGAAAUUAACGGAGUCCUCUUUCGGUUUAGAGCCAAGGGAUCGUGCAGCUGCUGCUUUUGAUGAAUACAACACUGCACGUAGCCCUAGGUCAGACCCGUAUCAUGCUACUGAAAGAUUUGAUGGAAGUUGUUGGGUUCCCAUCGGAUGGGAAAGGAUUUCAGAUCUCGUGAAAAAUGUGCAAGUCAAUGGAGUCUGGGAUUCACAACAGUUCGAAUGGAUGGAUAUUGAAGAGGGUUUAACUGUUGCAGAUUUAGCAGCCGUAUUGGAGCGACAGUGGCCCAUAUGGUGGUGCCAUUUGUCUGCUGGUCACCCCACUGUCGACGCUUUUCUCAACAAUGCCCAAUGGUUACAUCCUGCUGUCAGCCUAGCUUUGAGAGAUGAAAGCAAACUGAUAAGUGAGCGGAUGAAGCAUCUUCUGUACGAGGUCCCAGUUAGGGUGGCUGGAGGGCUGUUAUUUGAGCUAUUGGGACAAUCAGCUGGAGAUCCAUAUGUGGAGGAAGAUGACAUCCCUGUUGUACUCCGCUCAUGGCAAGUGCAAAACUUCCUCCUAACUGUACUGCACAUUAAAGGGAGUGUAUCCGGUGUAAAUGUUCUUGGAAUAGCAGAAGUUCAGGAGCUUCUUGCUGCUGGAGGUUAUAACGUGCCCAGAACAGUUCAUGACGUGAUAGCAUAUCUAGCUAGCCGCCUUACACGGUGGGAUGAUAGGUUGUUUCGUAAAUCGAUCUUCGGGGAAGCAGAUGAGAUUGAAUUGAAGUUUAUGAACAGGAGAAACCAAGAGGACAUGAAUCUUUUUGCCAUAAUUUUGAACCAAGAAAUCCGAAGAUUGUCAAGACAGGUUAUUAGAGUGAAAUGGUCACUCCAUGCAAGAGAAGAGAUCGUUUUCGAGCUUACGCAACAUUUGAGGGGGAAUGCAGCAAGAAGCUUGCUGGAAGGAAUACAAAAGAGCACAAGACAAAUGAUCGAAGAGCAAGAAGCAGUCCGUGACCGUUUGUUUACGAUUCAAGAUGUUAUGCAAAGCACCGUACGUGCAUGGUUGCAGGACAGAAGCCUUAGAGUAACACAUAAUUUAGCUGUUUUUGGUGGUUGUGGCCUUGUUCUUUCCAUCAUUGCCGGGCUCUUUGGAAUCAAUGUUGAUGGGAUCCCCGGAUCACAGAAUACGCCAUAUGCGUUUGGUUUGUUUACGGCCAUCCUCAUUGCAUUAGGAAUUGCACUAAUCGUGAUUGGUAUGAUUUAUCUUGGAUUAAAAGAGCCUGUAAAUGAAGAGAUGGUCCAAGUUAGGAAGCUAGAGUUAAAUCAGCUGGUUAAAAUGUUCAAACACGAAGCAGAAGCACAUGCCCAGGUUCGUAAAAGUACUUAUCGGAACAACUUGACUCCAACUACAGGAAAUGGCUACCUUAAUGAGGCCGAUUAUUUUCUCAUCCAAUAGCAAUAUGCGACUGCUCAAGUAUUAUAAUGUAUUCCAAUUGUUAGCUUCAACAGUGCUAGCUAUUGAUUGCCAAAAGUUCCUUCGAAAGACGAUCAUUUUUGUACUCAUAACACAGAUGAACAAAUGAAAUACACAAAGUAAUUACAAUUACCAUCAUUUCUAUCCCUGAUUCCAAAUGAUUUAUUUCUUUGUAUGCAAUGAGGUGGGGG